UUGAAACAAAACUCACCAUUAUCACCUAAACGACAAGGAAAGCGCCAAAUAGAAAGACUGCCAUUUGCUUUAACUUCAGACCAAUACGUGGAAAGAAUAAAAGCAAAACAGUUAAAAAAGAUUGAAGAAGAAGCUACAAAAGAGGAAAGAAAGAGACUAAGAGAAGAAAAAAAGAAGGGAAAAGAGAACAGUAUACCUAAGAAGAAAAUCAAGAAAAAAGUGAUGGAAAAGCAAAACAAAGAUAAUUGA